AAAUACACUGGACGCUACUGGGCAUGAAGAACUGUUUUAAUUAGUAGUCCUGGAGCUGCAGACAUGGCUACAUCGGCGAGUCUGGACAUCGGUGCCCAGCUCAUAGUGGAGGAGUGCCCCAGCACUGAGAGCCUCGCAGGCAUGCCCGACAUCAAAAUAGAACACCCGCUGGACCCACAUGCAGAAGACGGGGCAGCUCAGGGCGUAGCCAUGGGAAUGAAAUUCAUUUUGCCAAACCGAUUUGAUAUGAACGUGUGCUCUCGGUUUGUGAAGUCCUUAAACGAGGAAGAUAGCAAAAAUAUUCAAGAUCAAGUGAACUCCGACCUGGAAGUGGCAUCUGUCCUAUUUAAAGCUGAAUGCAAUAUCCAUACAUCGCCUUCCCCGGGAGUUCAAGUAAGGCAUGUCUACACUCCCUCCACGACAAAGCAUUUCUCGCCCAUAAAACAGUCAACCACUCUGACCAACAAGCACCGUGGAAAUGAGGUCUCCACCACACCUCUGCUAGCGAAUUCUUUGUCUGUUCACCAGCUGGCAGCUCAGGGGGAGAUGCUCUAUCUGGCUACUCGAAUCGAGCAAGAAAAUGUUAUCAAUCACACGGAUGAAGAAGGAUUUACUCCUCUGAUGUGGGCUGCAGCACACGGGCAAAUAGCUGUGGUAGAGUUUCUACUUCAGAAUGGUGCUGAUCCCCAACUGUUAGGACACGGCCGAGAAAGUGCACUGUCGCUGGCCUGUAGUAAAGGCUACACCGACAUCGUCAAAAUGCUGCUUGACUGUGGCGUCGAUGUAAAUGAAUAUGACUGGAAUGGAGGGACGCCUUUGCUUUACGCUGUACAUGGAAAUCACGUGAAAUGUGUCAAGAUGCUGUUAGAAAAUGGAGCUGACCCAACAAUUGAAACUGACUCAGGAUAUAAUUCUAUGGACUUGGCGGUGGCCCUGGGCUAUAGAAGUGUCCAACAGGUUAUCGAGGCCCACCUGCUGAAGCUGCUGCACAGCAUCAAGGAGUGACGCAGGCACGCAGGGCGGCGUCCGCCCUCCCCCGGCCGCCUGGGCCCCAACGAUAGCUCUGUUUACUGACACAUUUUACCUCAGUUGCAAUAUUUACUGAUUUUUAGUAGUUUGAAUAAGUAUUCCUUUGAGUAAUUCACUGGUUUAUAAUAAGAUUAAUGUUGAUUUUUUUUUUAAAUCAAUGUACAUACUGUAUACUUAAAAUUCUAAAUGAAUGUUUUGUGGCAUGUACGUUUUUAUGGUACAGAUGGUUCUCUGUCUUUGUAUGAAGUGCUGUGAUGUUGACGUGUGUGGAGGUUCUUGUGCCCUGGUUCUUGUGCUAACCCAUUGACUGCCUAGGGUUUGCUGUACGUCUGUAAGGGAAACACUUGUUAUUGUUCAAGUAAAAAGUGCACAGUGUGGCUGUUUACAGAAUGACAUUAAGUAAGUACUCUGUCCGUUUACAUGUUAAUUUUUUAAAUUAUAUAAGAUUAUUAAGAUGAUUUGGAUUUUUUUUUUUAGAAUUUUUUAGUUUACCUGUCCAGUCAGGACACUUCAUUGU